UUCGAGAACAGGUCGAAAAAGAAAGUGAAAAAAUUUCUGGUUUGGCUGCUGCAGGUUUUUCUUGAGUGAAAAUUUCCACGGCUUUUUCGGAAUUUCGCCUCGUUUGAGGCAUUUUUAAACUUUGAAAAGUGUUUCCAAGUGCUCGCCAGUUGUCAGUCAACAUUUUGAAAUAGUUUUCCGGGUUUAAAAUUGAACGAACAUGAGAAAAAGGGGAGGCUACCGUCGCAGUCGAAGCCGCAGCCCCCGCCGUGGAAAGCGGUAUGAAGUAAGCAAGGCGCAAUUAAUGCUCAGACCGAUCAACUGGAACCACCAGAAGUUGGAACCGGUUACCCGUUUAAGCUACCGCCCGAAGGUGGAUUACCGACGCUCCGAACGGGAGAUCAACGAGUGGAGAAAGGCUAAGGAAAUCACGACCAAAGGCCGCGAUGUUCCGGAUCCGGCUCUGACGUUCGAGGAAGUGGGCUUUCCAGCAGAGAUUGCCGACGAAUGGCGUUACGCGGAGUUUACCACACCGACCCCAAUCCAAUCGCAAGGUUGGCCAAUCGCCAUGUCCGGCAGGGACAUGGUCGGCAUUGCCAAGACCGGUUCCGGUAAAACGCUUUCCUAUCUUCUGCCGGCAUUGAUGCACAUUGAGCAACAGUCGCGGUUGCGCCGUGGAGAUGGACCUAUUGCGCUAAUUCUGGCCCCGACCCGUGAAUUGGCCCAGCAAAUUAAGCAGGUUACCGAUGACUUCGGACGGGCUAUGAAAAUCAAAAAUACGUGUCUCUUUGGUGGCGGUGCCAAGCGUCAGCAAGGAGACGAUCUGAGAUAUGGAGUGGAGAUCGUUAUCGCCACGCCGGGAAGAUUGAUUGAUUUUCUGUCAACGGAACACACCAAUUUGCGCCGAUGCUCAUAUUUGGUGUUGGACGAGGCUGAUCGUAUGUUAGACAUGGGCUUCGAGCCGCAGAUACGGGCCAUUAUUGAGCAAAUCCGACCGGACCACCAGACAUUGAUGUGGUCCGCCACGUGGCCGGACGCUGUUUCCCGUUUGGUGAAGGACUAUCUAAAGGACUACAUUCAGAUCAAUGUAGGUUCUCUGAAGCUCGCAGCCAACCAUAACAUUCUGCAGAUCAUCGACGUUUGUCAGGAGCACGAAAAGGAGGCUAAGCUUAGCAUUCUUUUGCGCGAGAUUAUGGCCGAGAAGGAGUGCAAAACGAUCAUUUUUAUCGAAACCAAGAAACGAGUGGAUGACAUUACGCGCAAAGUGAUUCGCGAUGGAUGGCCGGCCAUGUGUAUUCACGGCGAUAAAUCUCAAAGAGAACGCGAAUAUACGCUUAAUUCAUUCCGUUCAGGCAAAAAUCCAAUUCUGAUCGCAACUGACGUCGCUGCCAGAGGAUUAGAUGUGGACGACGUCAAGUUUGUUAUAAAUUUUGAUUUUCCUACUACGUCGGAGGAUUACAUUCAUCGCAUUGGACGUACCGCAAGAUCCAACAACACCGGUACAGCGUACACUUUCUUCACACCGGACAACGCCGGGAGAGCUCGCGAACUGAUCGAUGUCCUGAAGGAAGCCAAGCAGGUCAUCAAUCCCAAGCUUUUGGAUAUGACAACGAUGCGUGUCAAGGGAAGAGGCAAACGCAAUUUCGUUAAUUCCCGCUAUCCCCGUGAGCGUCGUUCCCGAUCCUAUGAUCGUCGAGGAGUUUUCAGGCGCAGCUCGUAUUCCCGUUCUCGCUCACGCUCUCGUUCCAGGUCCCGUUCGCGCUCGGCUUCGCCAAGGUUCUCCAAACGCGACAUAUAUCGUCCGGUGAAGCGCAGUGUGUCCCGGGACCGCAGCCGUAGUGACAGCAGCGACAGUCGUAGCGACCACCGUUCCAAGAAGAACUCCCGCAGAGUUAGCCGUUCCGGCAGCAGAUCGCCUCCGCCGCGUGGUGGAGCAGCAGGAAAAUCCGAUAACAGUGCUGGGGAUAAGAAGCGCAAUGGGAAAAGUAGAUCUCCAAGCACUCGCCGCUACCGUAGCCGCAGCCGUAGUCGCAGUCGUAAUCGAAGCCGGAGCCGCAGUCGCAGCCGCAGCCGCGAAGGAAGAUUCCGAUCGGCUAGAAAUGGCGCCACUAACGGCACUAGCUACGAUCGGCAUUGAAAAUGUAUUUACAGGUGUUUUGAACCCAAUCAGUAUAUCGAAAUGACAGAAAUGCUGCUCAUAUGAUCAUAUAAAGUCAGCAUAACAGAAGAAAACAAUCCAUAAUAUUUUACGAUGAUGUACUUCCUUAGCGGUAGGAACCUGAUUCUGAUUUUAGAUUUAGGAACAAACAUUGAAUGUUCAAGGUCACAUUACUCUGUAUAACCAUUGCACUUAAUAUUGUCAUAUUAAAAAAAUAUCAAAAUUCAGAGAAGCUCAUUCAUCAGGCGAUCGAUCUUUUGUUUGACAUAAUUUUCACAUAGAUUGCUGUACAAAUUUGGCAUAUGGAAGUAGACUAAUAAUUGAGACUUUUUUUUUACUCUACUCUCUAUUUUCCUCGAGGAAUGAUCGAUUCACAAAUAAUCAAAUAAAUAACCGAUUGAAAUAUAA